AUGCCCAACCCGUAUCGUCCGGAGCCUGAUUUUCUUGAUCAGCUUGUAUUGACGAUUGGUAUCGCUGUCAGCAAGGCUUUGAGUGACGCACGCGGCAGUGUGCGCGAAUACAAAGACCUACGUCACGACCUCGACCGAUUUGUACAAAUCUUGCACCAUGUUGUUGCAACAUACCAAGAACGAGAACACUCCGAAUGGUUAUCGGGGAUUAAUUCUCUGAUCGAAUCGGUCUCCCAAGAUUGCACGUCUGACUUACAAGAAGCUCUUCACUAUUUCCAAUCGAAAUAUGGACCGUCACUUGGUGGCCAAGAGCAGCGCCUGAACACAACAGCCAUCGGUAAAAAGGUGGAAUACGCUUUCAGAGAAAAGGAGCGACUCCGAAAACUACGAGAAAAGUUAUCACAGGCCACUCAGAGACUAUCUCUUCUAUUGGCCAUUCACAAUUACAAAGCAGCUCGUGUCGAUAAUCUCACAUUAGAGAAGCGAUAUCAGGAAGUGCUUUCAACAGUGGAGGAUAUAUCCAAAGACAUCGAGCUGCAAAGUAUGCAACUUUCAGAGCAGCAUGCUAGUGUCAAAGUCCUGAUAACUACACUAACUACUACGAGCGAUCACUUGCAAUGGAGAGCAACGAAAGAUCAAAAUUUGGCAGAGGAACUAAGAAACAACACCUCAAGUAUCCGGGCGCUAUCAACCAUGUUUGAAACAACCUUCAGGCUUCUCGUAGAGGAGCGUGAGAAUGCAACCUCUCAAACAUGUUUCAGAGGCCCCGGCCCAGCGUCUCAGGCUCCUCUCCUCUUCGAAGAUUCAUUUGGCACUAUAUCAGCACUGCCAAUGGACUGGCUGUUCUCCUGGGAGCAUCUACGGUCGAUGAUUCAAAAUCGAUUUGAGCAUCAGUUAGGCCACCAGAAAGUCAUUCGUGGCGAGUAUGUAUUGGAAGAUGACCUCAGCGGAGUAGAGAUCAUGUCCCUACCCUGGGCCCAGGUAAUGAGGCCUGGUAAGAAAAUAAAUAUGGCGAUGAAGUUCCAGAGUGUCACCGAGGAAGGCAGAAGCAGAGUGACUGAGGGCUAUACCUGUCCGGGUUGUGAGGCAACUAUGUCGGUAAGGCUCGACAGCAAUGGCAACGUCAUGUGCGCGACCACCGGCUGUGGCAUGUGGGUGAAACAUUCACGAGCAAAACAGGAUGCACCAGUACUGUCUGGAUCAUCGAACUCAAGCGAGGACGGCAGCAAAGAUGCUCCUCGACACUUCCACCGCGUCUCUUUCGACAUUUUUGUUGUACCAUCGCGUACCUCAAGAGGGGGGCCAAGAUCGAAAAAGUAUGUCCAGGUUUGGACAUGUUGCUUCUGUGGCGACUCAGGAAUUACCACCCGUAUUGAUAGGUGCCCGAGUUGUGCCUAUAGUAGAUGCACUCGUUGUCAAGUUCAAACUACACGAGUACGGUGAUGAUUGGUAUCAUCAAAGCGUUCUAACCCUAUGUACUGAGAAAAGUAUUAAGCCUCAACUCGAAAGCACGUACCCACUUGUCAAGUAUUACCUAAGAGUUACUCCUGGAUUCAUUUGCCAGGACUCUUUAUCUCACGGCUUCAAUAUUCUCAUAAUCACGGACUUGAAUACUUAUUUCCUAGACGCAAUUGUUUCUGUUGGUAUACACGUCAGAAGGGUAAGGCCUUCCGACAGGUAUAAAACUUAUUAA